AUGAAGGCCUUGUCGUCGUUCAUUGCUACAAGUCUCGCCCUCUUGUUUCUACAGAAUGCUGCUUGCUCUGCGGCUGCGGGACAUGAGGAUAUUCCAGUGAACCUUCACCCCCUUCGAUAUUGCACCGACAGAGGAUGGUUGGGCAACGUUCUACAGUUUUUCUUCUUCUUUUUAAGGGGACGGCUGAGCUGCAAUGAGUAUUCGUACCCCUACGGCUCCUUUUGGAAAGAUGCUGGCAUGCUCGAAGAGAACCAAGACAUGGCUGCCAUGGCUAUCAUAGGAGAGGCUCCAUCCAACCCAAAGUACCUGGCCAUCUUUGCCAGUGGCCAAGGAUCCAGCAAGGAUCUGGGCAGUGUUGUCAGUGGGGCCAAUGAUGGUUGGCAAUGGGAUACCACUGGCAACGGUGCAGCAUCUCGCGCUGUCAAUCGGUUGAGUGUGGCUGCCGAAUUCUACCACGAUCAAACACGUUUCCUUCCCAACAAUGAAACUCUUUACUUGACCAUGUUUGAUUCCCAGUUCAAUCAUAUGGACUCUGCCGAGGAAAAGCAAGCCACCCUGAAUGGGUACGCUGCCUAUUUGGAUAGCAAGGUGUCUUCUUGGGAUAACAUCAAAGGCAUUGUCAUUGCGGGGGCCUCUCGCGGUGGAUGCUUGUCCAUGUGCUUGUCCCAACUUUUGCGGGCCCAAUACAGCUUGGACCAUGUCAAGUUUGCUUUGGGAACCAUUGAUGGUGUUUGCAAGUACACACAAAAUGAGUUUGGUGUCACACCGGAUACCAUUGACAAUCCUCUCCCUGGAGCCCCAAGGGGCUACAAGGCUUAUAAAACGAAUGUCCCAGCUCAGCUACUAGGGCCCAAAGAAGACUACUGCAUUUGGCAGUUGACGCUAGGUGAUGAUGCAACGGGUAAACUGAGAUUGGGAGUUCGUGGCUAUACUCAUGAGACCUGCAAUGAUAUCUACUGUGAGUUGUUGGACGGCAAUGGUGACUGCUUCUACACACAGGUAUGGGAUGAUCUUUGCCAUUCUUGUGCAACAAUGAACUUUGAUGAAGUGUCAAGAGCCAGAACUUCGGUGCCAUUAUUGGAUCACUUGGCAGUAUGUGUGAUUCGCUUUGGAUGGCAUGUUUGAUGAUUGAGUUGCAGUUGUGGGUGGCCAAACAAGACAUGCAUGUGCGUGAACACAAUACUAGUAGUACCUAGCUUUGUAGUAAAAUUCAUGUCGCU